UAAUAUUUUAUGUAUCUGGAUGCUUGGGUGCGCCCUCUUCUAAUGAAAAUAAAAUAAAUUAAAAUAAAAUAAAAUAAAAAUACAUUAAAAUGGAUAAAACAAAGUCUAGGAGGCAUAAAACAUUAAAAAUAAUUACAGACAAACGUAGGUAUGUGAAUAACGUGAGCUCUUUCAUUGUUUUAGGAUAACUCUUAAAAGUUAAUGAACCGUUUUGGGGAGACAGCAGCCUAUCGGACAUGCCGUGAUGAAACAACGCGGGACAACUGCACACACACGCGCAUUUUCCCGCAUCACAUUACGAAACCGUAAUUAACAGGAGCAAAAAUGUUAACAAACGCUAUAUGCUGUAACUCGUUCGACAACAGAUAAACACUCAAGUUGACUACCGCUUCCUACAUGGAUAGUGGGUCGGGUAGGUGUGGCUUACAACUAAGUUCGAGAGAAAGCGGAUUUAAGUGGCUUGCGUUUGGAAGUUUAGAAACAGCUUGUGUCGCGUGCGAUUAUGCAGUCCUGUACCGUUCCCGACCUGCAGAUAGCUUUUAACUUUUUCCAUCCCGUACGCAAACAUGCUAACGUGAAUAGCUUGCUAUCCAGAUACUUGUGCAAGUUUGCGGGAUGCCGUCCCUGCGCCAGAUAACGUUACAUGUAUCAUGAAAUACAAGGUUCGUACAGCAAGGACGAAUCGAUAUGGCAUGUUUUACUUUCCCUAAAUAUUCUUGGUUGGAUUUUCUCUUCACUUUAUUCGGGGUGUGCACGUAUCUGUUUGACGUGGGCUCGGAUCUGUGGGUGGCUGCGGAGUUUUGCCAACGCGGGCAUUUCUUUUGGUCCGGACUGGUGCUCAGCUUUAUGCUCACAUCGUCUGUCAUAGUUCAGAUGUUCAGCUGGUUCUGGAUUAAAUACGAUCGCGAUCUUGAAAACUUUGAGUCCGAAACAUCUGAGAAUAAUAUUGUUUUGGGAGGUCCUAGCCAUGCCAAGUUAACCUGCUUCCUGCAUGUUUGUCAGCUUGGAUUCUUCUUCAGACACGUCUCGGCCCUCCGGCAGGGGUUCUGCGUGUGGUGGCGCAGGGGCGCAGGCGCGCGCUACGCCGUCUACCUGACCCAUGACCUCAGCAUGCUGCGACUCUUCGAGACGUUCUGCGAGAGCGCGCCGCAGCUCGCGCUCAUGGUGCACACUAUGCUCCGCACCGGUCAUGCGAGGACCAUCCAAUGUGUGAGUGUGGUUGCCUCUACCAUGUCUGUGGCAUGGAUGGUGGUGGAUUACCAUCGCUCACUGCGUUCCUACCUGCCUGAGAAGACCAGACAGGACUGGCUGUCUUCUGUGGCCUACUUCUUGUGGAACCUACUCCUGAUUGCCCCACGAGUGGUCUCUGUGGCACUCUUUACCUCCGUCCUGCCCCUGUACAUCGUCGCUCACUUCCUGUCUCUGUGGUUUGUGUUUGUCCUGUGGGCUUGGCUCCAGGGCACAUGUUUUAUGGAUAGCAGGGCCGGAGAAUGGCUCUACCGGGCCACCAUAGGCGUCAUCUGGUACUUCAGUUGGUUCAGUGUAUCAGAAGGUCGCACCAGGUGGAGGAGCCUCGUCUAUCACACCUUCAUCCUGGUAGACAACAGUAUUCUCCUGCUCACGUGGUGGUGGAUGAGGAACCCUGAAAUGACGCAGACAUACGCGCUGCCUCUUGCUGUUCUUGUGCCGCUCUUUUACGUGACUGGUCUGCUGGUCAAAGCUCUGUAUUACCAUUGCUGUCACCCCACGCGUCAGGGUGACCUGCCCGAUGGGCUGGUGUAUAAAAGUGCUGUUGAUCAGACUUCUGCUGUUUAUUCCCAAACUGUCAACAAGAGAAUGGCCAAUCAUGUCACUAACUUUUACAGCGCCAAGACAACCGCUGUGACUAAGACAAGUAGGCAUGAAAGAAACAGGAUUGUUUGAGGAGGACACAAAUUAAGACUCAAUUGUCUUAUCCAGUUAAGACAUUUUAAUUACUAUUUGUGACUCAUUCGUGACACAAUUCGGGUGGUGGUCUUUUAAAAAGGGCUAAUGUAUUUUGGCAAAUAACAAUUGAUAUUAAAUAUAGUACUACACAGGAGUAAUAGGAUUUUAUUUGCAGAUUUGCAGAUGACAGUGUUAUCUCCAAGUUAAUUGGAGACUGGACAUGACAGUUUGAUGUAGUCCAAGGGUAGCAUUAUUCCUAAUCUGAAGAGAUGGCCCUCGGGUUGGUCUCAUGCAGAGACUUGUACUGUAUCAAAUCCUCCAGAUGGUUAUUCUUCAUAAAUGACCCGAAAAGUCAUCGGGGGCCAGAGGAGUUUAUUGUUUUGUUUUUGGUGUAGUAGUGCUAGUAAUUAAUUUUAGGUUCAAUGCGUGUUUAUUUAUGUUUCUCUAAGUCAAAUUUUCUAAUGUGUGUUUAUAACAGGCACUGAUUAAUAUACCUCAUGCUGCACGUCUUCUGUUCAUACGGAUGUUUGGGAACAAACUCGUAAACAAAAGACGAGAUCCACAAGUUUACCAUACUGUACAUCAGUAUAUGAAGACUCUGUGGAGUAACUUAAGUGAUGAUGUGAUGAAGUGAUUAUUUGACCCAUAUUAAUGUUUAAACCCACAUGACAUCUGGAUUUGGUGUAGUUUCAAAGUAGGGAAUCAGUCCAGUUGUAGUUAGUUGAUGUGCUGGAAGAAAACGUGUGCUUUUGUGACUUGUUUGAAAAGUGUUCCUGUCCACCAAAUGGGAUGGCUGAUUUCUAAUUCUUGACUUUGUCCAGAUGAGGUUAUGGGCAAGCAGAUGAGAGCGGUUAGCACUUGUAAUCGAGUAGCGAUGAGAGUUAGAAGGAACAGAGUGUGUUUGCAUGGCUGGGGUCAUCCAGCAGGGAGUUGUUUUUCGUUAUGAGCAUUGUACCUUAGUUCCUACUCAUAAGCUGUCAGUUUGUGUAAAAAGGAAACCAUUUCAUUUCAUGUUUUUUUGUUGUAAGUCACCAUCCUGAAUUAUAGUGGUUACAGUGGUUAAGGUCAUGCUUUCUCUCGUGGAAUGACUCUGCUUACCAGUUCAAAUAAAUGAAGGCCAGAUAAAUGGUAAGAUUUUUGCAUUAAAAAAAUGAAAAAGUGUUAUGAUGGGCAGUACAGUGUUAAAAGGUUAUUCUUCAACAUGCACUAUUUUCAUUAUGCCAAAAAAAAAACCAAAAAAACAAAGGAGGAACACACAUUCUACUCACAGGUGCACAGAGGUGGGGAAUUUAAUUUGUUUAUAAGUGAAAUAGAUUGACGAGAAGUGGGAGAGCACGCUAAAGUGUUUGUUCUCAUGCAUUGUCUUGCAUAAUUGGUCUGCUGGUUAAAACUAUAUCACAGUUGCUGUCACUCCAUACUGUAACAAGCAAAUGCAAAUCUACAAAUCAAAAUAGCUUAAGCAAAGUCCCAAUUAUCAUGUCACCAACUAGACCAGAGCGGCCAUCCGUAUUGUAAUCUAAAUACGACCAGUUAUAAAACCUUUUACAUGUUAAAGACAUUUUUAGAUGCGUGUCAUACAGUGACAUGUGUUCAGCAUAUGGAGAUGUGCCAUAUGUGUACUAACAACUAUAGUCAUGGCCAAAAGUUUUGAGACUAGAACAAAUUUUGGUUUUUACA